AUGGACGAGGCGGCCAACGCGCAGCUCUACGGCCACGCGCACCACCACCGGAGCAAGCGCCCGACGCCGGCGGCGGUCGCGGACGAGGACGGGGACGCGUCCCCGAAGGGGACGGCGCGGUACCGCGGCGUGCGGCGCAGGCCGUGGGGCCGGUUCGCCGCGGAGAUACGGGACCCCAUGUCCAAGGAGCGGCGGUGGCUCGGCACCUUCGACACCGCGGAGCAGGCCGCCUGCGCCUACGACGUCGCCGCGCGCGCCAUGCGCGGCAACAAGGCGCGGACCAACUUCCCCGUCCACGCCACCACGGGCUACUGGCCGUGGGGCGCGCCGCAGCAGGCCGCGGCUGGUGCGCACCCGCUCAACCCCUUCCUCGUGCACAACCUCAUCAUGAGCUCCUCCCACCUCGGCUGCCGCCUACUCCACCACGCUGGCCACGGCCAUGGCCACGUCAACCCCUCUCCCAACCGACCGCUGCCGCCGCCCCCACCUCUGUCGACCGCUGCUUCGGCGUCCUGUGAGAUGCUCACGCCCGCCAUGGCGGCGACGUCCUCUGUCACUUCGUGCCCUGGAGUCCUGGACGACCACGACGUGUGGGGCGGCCUCCUGCGGAGCGAGCCGCCGGGGGCGGGGCUGCUGCAGGACGCGCUGCACGACUUCUACCCGAGCACUCGUCCGCGCGGCGACGGCCGCAUGCUGGGCGCCGACGCCAUGGCGGCCUCCGCGGCGGUGCUGGUGAAGCAGGAGAGGCAGGAGGCGUUCGUCGCGGCUUCCCCUUGCGCCGCCGCCGACGUCUACGAGGAGGGCGAGUACCCCAUGAUGCCGCAGGGCCUGCUCGAGGACGUGAUCCAGUUCCCGGCGUUCGUGGAGUUUGAUGCCGCGCCGCCCGCCGCCACGUUCCGCUGCCAUAGGGGCUGA